UAUUAUUAUUUAUUUAAGCGUGUGCUUUAUAUUUCAUUUAAAACUUAGAUUUUGAUGAAAUUUUCAAAUAAAUUUGUUCUACGAUUCUGUUUUUCGUUAAGAGUCAAUGAAACAAUUUAACGAAUGAUAGUAAACGAAAUUAUUUAUAUUUUAUGUUAUGAAACAUGGUUAUAAAAAUAUGUUUUUACAGUUUAAACAGGAUGCUGAUUCUAUAACUCUUGUUGUCAGAUUUAUAUCAAAACGGUUUAUUUGGGAAUAUGAUCCUACUUUAGAAUGCAUAUAUAAGCACAGUAUCUGCUUAGAUGACGAAAACAUCACGAUGGAAAUAUUGGAUACAGCAGGAAGCACAGACAAUUUACAUCAAGAAGGAAACAUCUGCUGGGGAGACGGCUUCAUAUUCGUCUAUAGUAUUAAUGACAGAGAUAGUUUCGAUCAAAUUCAGCAUCUAUAUAAACUCGUCUGUUCUUUAAAGAAAAUGAACGAAGUCCCAUGCGUUAUUGUCGGUAAUAAAAACGAUUUAGACCACGAUCGACAGGUUAGUAUCGAAGAAGGAGAACAAUUAGCACUCAAGUUAUCGUGCAUUUUUUAUGAGUGUAGUGCAUGCGAAGGUGGUGAUGUGGUUAAUGAAAUAUUCAUCGAAUUACAUCAUUCCAUACUGAGGAGAAGACUAGUGCAACCUCCUAGAAGACGUAGUUCGGCUCAUCAAGUAAUUCAUGUUCUAAAUAAAAUGUUUACAAAAAUUAAUUCGUGAAAACUUACGCUUAUAAAUUGGCUGUUGUACAGUACAUUAUAAUUGGAUGUAUUUGAAUUGAUUUCGAAGUUUAUUUAUAAAUAAAUUAGUCAUUAAUGACGGAAUAAU